UACACUUCUUCCGUUUCUCAAUGACAUUUACAUACAAGGAAAAAAUUUAUCCAGUGAUUGUUUUAGAUUUGUCUCGACAUACACUUUCAUAAUAUUUGCGUUUUAUAAUUUUUACUUAUAAGUAAUUAUAAGUAUUAAUCGUCAAAAUUGUGCGUAGGGAAGCAUGAAUACUCUUACAAUAUGCUUUUGUUGCAAUUAACAUGGAACACAUAUAUGUCUAUGUAACUAUGUUUGUAAUUUCACCAACAUAAUGCUCUUGAAAAAUGGGAAGUAUUUAUGUACUUCUAAAUUACAAAAGGGAACUAAAGGAAUUAAGAAGAAGAAGAGCAUGGACCACUAAUUCUUUACGAUAGAGUUUGAGUGUAUGGAUAGGACCAAUUGUUUCAUAUUGACUGGGGCAACUUUAAGCUGCUACUUGAUUGAUCGAGCUGGUUAGAUAUCUCCAAGAAUUAAUACCUUACCAGACGCAAUCAACUUUCUAACCACUCAUAACUUACAAAUUAGAACAUGUACUUCUUAACCAGUAACUACCCAUAUCAUUCAUAGCUGAAAUUACUCCAAAUAAAUAGGAGUUAGGACUCUUUCAAAUGAUCAAAUUUGCAUUUCUCGAUCAGCCUAGUUAGUUUAGCAACUUCUUGUCCUGUUGAUUGACCAUUAUUGCACCAUGAAGGUGACAACCGGGAUUCCGAUCCCCCAGCAGCCCUAUGCUGCUCCUCCUCCGCAACCGCAAUAUUAUGCUCCUCCGCCGCAACGUCAAUCAGCCACUGGAGACUUUUCUACUAGUCUAUGUGAUUGUUGCUCUGACAUGCCAUUGUCAUGUGGUGUGAAUGGAACCUUGUUUACACUACUUCUGUGCUUCACUGGAUUCCAAUGGAUAUACUCAUGCACAUACCGGUCGAAGAUGAAGGCACAGUAUGGGAUACCAGAGAACUGUUGUGAAGAUUGUUGCAUUCACUUUUGCUGCGAGUGUUGUGCCUUAUGCCAAGAGUACCGUGAACUUGAACACCGUGGCUACAAUCUUGCACUUGGAUGGCAUGGGAACAUCGAAAGACAAAACCCUGGAGUUGUGAUGCCUCCUCAAGUUCAUGGUGGAAUGAUGCGAUAGGUUCAAGACUCUGCAGCAGCAGUACCCGUCUAAAUUAUGUGAACAUUUCCAUUGUUGAUCUGUUAGUAUGAUAGGCUGAUAGGAUCUUCUAAGAUUAUUCUUUGUGUGAUUUAUCUUUUUUUAUUGUUAUUAUUGUAAAUUUUUAUUAUUUGAUUAAUGUUGUAUUGAUGGAUACAUGAACAUAACUACAUAAGAAAAAAAAAAUCUGCUUCUGUUCUAUACAAAUUGCUUACCAAUUAGACUA